AUGGCGACUUUUUUAUUUGAAAUGACAUUUGCUAAUGUUGCAACAGGUUUUCUGGUUAUUACGGUCAUUUAUACACACGGUUAUGAAAAUAUAGCUCUUUAUAAACCAACAUGGCAAUCAUUGCAGUAUAAUGCAGGAGACGGUAGAUUCAAUGCCAGUAAUGCUGUCGAUGGUCGGAAGACCAAUCUUAGUGCUUGGAGUGGUGAGUGUGUUGUAUCUGGACUAAAACAGAGCAGUGCAACCUGGUGGGUGGAUUUAACAUCUAUUCAAAGUAUACAUGGCAUACGGAUAUAUUACAGGACGGAUAAUACAGUGUGGGAUGCUUCCAAUGGCUACACAGCUAGAUUUUUAGGAUUUUAUGUUUAUGUAUCUAAUACGACGAACAGACUUCAAGGUCAUCUAUGUUUUCAUGAUACAAACUACACAAGAGCCACCAUACCGUCAAUUGUCAACAUAACCUGUCCUGUACAUGGACGAUAUGUCAUUUACUUUAACGAAAGACCUCAGGAUGCAGCCCGUGCCGGAGAAUUCUAUAAAUAUGCACACAACGAAUUGUGUGAAGUGGAAGUUUACGGUUGUAAGAAAACCGGAUUUUAUGGACCUGAUUGUUCCAUUCCCUGUCCCGAGAACUGCCGUUACUGUCACAUAGAGACGGGUACUUGUCAGGGAUGUAAACCUGGAUACCAAGGACAUCAAUGUGAAUUACCUUGUAGUAUGCAGUUUUACGGAGAUCUCUGCUCUAUGAAAUGUGGUAACUGUAGUGAUGGUGCGACCUGUAACCAUGUCAACGGAACUUGUACAAAUGGAUGUAACGUCGGUGUGUAUGGGGAUAAGUGCCAAAAAAAAUGCGAUGGACGCAGAUAUGGCCAGGAUUGUGGAAGGAGUUGUGGAGCCUGUCUGGAAUAUAAACAAUGUCACCACAUCAAUGGAUCAUGUCAUGAAGGGUGUGAUGCUGGGUAUGAAGGAAACCUCUGUAAAACAGGUAGUGCUACACAACAUUAA